GUCUCUUUUCAGUAAUAUUUUCUUAGACUCUAAACAAUUUUUAAUACAUAAUUCGUAACAAUUGAAACUAUAAUUAUUAAAACAAACCAUGGAUAUUACAAAAUUAUGUCGAAGCUGCAUGAAAGAAGUCGCGUCUUGGGAAAAGGAGAAUUUCGAUUUGCGAGUUGUAGAAAUGUUUUGUUUUUGUACAAAUGUUGAGAUUAAUGCCGAAGACAAAUUACCAAAGCAAUUCUGCUAUGACUGUGUAAUAAAAAUUGAAUCCUCAUACACAUUUAUUAAGGAGGCUCAAAACGUAAAUGUUACUUUAAAAAACAUAGCAUCAAGAAGAGAAACAAGUAUUAUUGUGGAAUUAGAAAACUGUAUUAGGCCAACAGAGGUUCAAUCUGCACCAAAACACCAUCUUAAACUAACUCUGCCCGAUUAUAAACUUUGUAGCACUAUUGAGAACUUUGAGGAACCAAUAUUAUUGAAUAAUGUAAAUGAAUCUCCUAAUUUUACUACAGACAAUAUUCCUGUUGAGCCAAUAACUGAUUGUUUAAACAAUCCUCUUGAUACAGAUACAACAAAAGAAAUAAAAGAUGUUCAAAACUGUGCGAAGAAAAAUGUUUGUACUAUCUGCAAAAAAGGUUUUAUAUCUAAAGUAUGGUUUGCCAAACAUAUGGAAAAGGAACAUUCAGGUCAAAAGUAUAGCUGUCCACAUUGCAGUAAAACAUUCAGUAGAGCAUCUCAAUUGACAUAUCAUUCCGCAACACACUCGGAUGAGCGUAAAUUUGGCUGCACUUUAUGCAGUAAAAGGUUUAAGAGACGCAAACAAUUGACCGUUCACUUACGGUCACAUUCCGAUGAGAGGCCGUACUCUUGUGAUAAAUGUCAAAAGAGGUUCAAACUAAAAAGUAUAUUAAAGUGUCAUAUGAAGGUUCAUGAUGGGCGCAAGCAAUAUCUAUGCAGCUACUGUGGAUGGGCAUUUGCACAGGCGGGUAAUUUGUCAGUGCACGUGCGGCGGCACACGGGCGCGCGGCCGCACGCGUGCGCGCAGUGCGGCUACCGGGCGAUUAUACUCUGCAACUGUACAAAAUUUCAUCGAAAUCUGUUCAGCCGUUUCUAG